AUGUUGAUCGUCCAAGAAACUACCCAGCGUCAAGCAUCGCAAUGUGAACGGCGCCUCCUACGGGCCAAACGGAAUCUGCCCAAACUGGCGUUGGAUGUUCCCAACAAUGUACGUCGUUUUCUUCCGGAACGCAAGUUGAAAACCUGGAAGUAUCAGGGAUCCUGGGGGGAUUCGAAAAGUUCCGCGGCCGUAGGGACAGCUAUGACACGGCUUAUGGUAGUUAAUUCAAAAGCCGAGAAUUCACUCAAAAUGGGUAUUUUUCUACCUUUUUUACAACCACAAUCGCGCCUGAAGUUUAUCAAUCACACGGUUAAGCUGUUUAUGCGGGCGAUGGAAACGUCGGUAAUCGUGGUUUUGGAACAGCGCCUUGAAGAUUUUGCCUUGUUGGCUGCAAUCUGUUUGGCUAGUUUGUCCAAUUUAUCUGCAGGUUCUCUACUGGUGAAUUAUCCCUCUUCUCCCAGAACUGCAAAAUGGCCAGUGGCACCUCGGCCAGUUCACCUGCCAGAUGCACCAGCUCUUUCACACUCAACUGGUCAACUGCCAUCGCCAUCCGCAACCGGGCACCAGACGCAGUCUACACACGUUCGGCGAGCUCUUCGUACGGCAAAAAUGCUGGCGCGACAUUUUGAGACCUGGGGUUACAAGGAUGAUCAAUCUGCCAGUUUGACUGGUGUCAGUUGA